GAACAACAAUGAACAACAACAACGGACUCUAAACGGCCAAACCUUGAAAUGCAAUUAAUGGAACCUCAGUUUCUUUACUUGAAUUCACAGUCUCCUCCAUAGAGUCACAGUGGGUUUCUUCCUUUUUCCUCACUUUACUCUUGAAAACGACCGCAAUUCUUCUCUCCUCCCAACAAAAAGUAGAAAACGAGCACAAGGAGCGGUGAUUAUCCCUUCAUUACAGCGGGAUGUGAAGCUUCAUUGCCACAUUUUACUGUAAAUGUUCUCUGCUGCAGCUCCGGCUGCCAUGGCGACCUUCUCUUGAGCUUCUUUUUAGCUCUUUUCACCGGUGGCUGCUUCUUCCGGUGACGGCGUCGGAUGAUUGGGUGUCAGUGUGUCACUCUCUUUAUUUUCAGGUAAACAGCAGGGCCAGAACAGAUAGUUGUAAGUUUUGCAGUUGGUUUCUUCAAGUAUCCCGUGUUAAUUAAUUCCAAAUGAAGUUCUGUUUAGCAUCAGUGCUUCUUGUUAUUAUUAAUCUACUUCACCUUGCAAUUGCUGACCUGGAAUCAGACAAGCUAGCUCUUCUUGACUUUGCUUCUUCUGUUCCACAUCGUCGGAGCCUCAACUGGAACGAUACUACAUCGGUAUGCACAUCUUGGGUUGGCAUUACUUGCAGUGCAGAUAGAACUCAUGUGCUUACCCUCCGAUUACCUGGCAUUGGACUCGUGGGUUCAAUUCCUUCUAACACUCUAGGGAAACUCGAUGGCCUCAAGAUUCUCAGUCUCCGUUCCAACCUCCUUAGUGGAAAAAUACCGUCUGAUAUUACCUCACUUCCUUCUCUCCAAUAUCUUUACCUCCAACACAAUAACUUCUCUGGUGAUGUUCCUUCCUCCCUUUCACCUACUCUUAAUGUAUUGGAUCUGUCAUUCAAUUUAUUAGAAGGAAAGAUUCCAAAGACCGUACAAAAUUUGACACAACUAACUGGAUUGAACCUCCAGAACAACAAUCUUUCUGGUUCUAUACCAGAUGUCAACCUCCCUAAGCUCAAGCAUUUCAAUCUAAGUUAUAACCAUCUUAAUGGUUCUAUUCCAACUUUUUUUAAUACAUUCCCAAAUUCAUCCUUCAUUGGAAAUCCUUUAUUAUGUGGAUCACCUCUAAAAGCUUGCUCCCUAGUCUUAUCUCCAGCUCCUCAUGCUCCACCUUCACCUGCCAUUUCUCAGAAGCAGAGCUCCAAAAAACUGAAGAUGGGAGUCAUCAUUGCUAUUGCAGUUGGUGGAUUUUUCCUUCUAUUCCUUGUAGUUCUUUUUGUGGUUCUGUGCUGUUUAAAGAAAAAGAACAGUGAAGGUGCUGGCGCAAGAAAAGGGAAGGUUUCUGGUGGUGGGAGAAGUGAAAAACCAAAAGAGGAGUUUGGCAGUGGAGUGCAGGAGCCUGAGAAAAACAAGCUUGUGUUUUUUGAAGGUUGUUCAUUUAAUUUUGAUCUUGAAGACCUAUUAAGGGCUUCAGCUGAAGUGCUUGGAAAGGGCAGCUAUGGAACAGCUUAUAAAGCUGUUCUGGAGGAACCUACCACUGUUGUUGUUAAAAGAUUGAAGGAAGUGGUGGUGGGGAAGAGGGAAUUUGAACAACAAAUGGACAUAGUGGGAAGGGUUGGGCAGCACCCGAAUGUCAUGCCACUCCGAGCAUAUUAUUACUCAAAGGAUGAAAAACUCCUCGUUUAUGAUUAUGUCCCAGGAGGCAGCUUGUCGUCACUCUUGCAUGGAAACAGAGGAGGGGAAAGAACUCCACUUGACUGGGACUCAAGAGUGAAAAUUGCUCUUGCAACAGCAAAGGGAAUUGCUCAUAUUCAUACAGUGGGUGGUCCAAAAUUCACCCAUGGAAAUAUCAAGGCCUCAAAUGUCCUCCUAAUUCAAGAUGUCAAUGCUUGUGUCUCUGACUUUGGCCUUACCCCUCUUAUGAAUGUCCCAACUUCUCGAACUGCAGGUUAUCGUGCACCUGAAGUGAUCGAAGCUCGCAAACACACGCACAAGUCAGAUGUUUACAGUUUUGGUGUUCUUCUUCUGGAAAUGUUAACUGGAAAAGCUCCCCUCCAAUCACCUGGUCGUGACGAAAUGGUCGAUCUUCCUCGGUGGGUCCAGUCGGUUGUGAGGGAGGAAUGGACAGCUGAGGUUUUCGAUGUUGAGCUAAUGAGAUACCAGAAUAUUGAAGAAGAGAUGGUGCAGAUGUUACAAAUAGCAAUGACUUGUGUAGCAAAGUUGCCCGACAUGAGACCAAACAUGGACGAAGUAGUUAGAAUGAUUGAGGAAAUCCGGCAAUCUGACUCGGAGAACCGGCCAUCUUCUGAAGAGAACAAAUCGAAGGACUCAAAUGUGCAGACCCCAUGAAUUCUUUAAUUUAGAUUGUGUUUAUUUUCAUUAUUUGAGGAGGAAGAAUUGUGCAAAUUAGGAGGUAAGUUUAGUCAUUUUCUUUUACCUAGAUGCACAAUAAUACUUUCCAACAUUAUCCCUAGACCUUUGGCUUGUAUGAGUUUGUACUUGUAGAGUUCUUAAGUUUCUUCAGGAAUGAUUGAAUGUGAACCAAUGAAAACUGCCCUUUGAUUUGAAUUCA